UCUGGUUGGGGUGGGACUUCCUGUCUCGUGUAUCCAAGGACCUUCAAAGUGAGGCCGGGUACUGAAGGCAGAGGUACUAGACCUGUGGCCACGGGUUCCGAGAGGGCCAUGGAGGUGCGGCCGCCGGCGCCACGGCGCUUCCUCUGCAGGGCGCUGGGUCUUUUCCCUCGGGUCUUCGCUGCCGAAGUUGUGGCCGCCGAUUCGAAGGUCCUUGUGAAGGACCAGAAGCUGCCUUCUUACGUCCCAGAACCCCAGAACCUUGAAUCCGGAUGGGACCGCCUACGGGAGCUGUUUGUCAAAGAUGAACAGCAGAGAACUUCAGAGGAACUGGAGAAUAUUUAUAGGGCAUUUAUUUCAGCAGGCAUCAUUGGCUGGGCAUAUGGGGGAAUACCAGCUUUUAUUCAUGCUAAGCAGCGCUACAUUGAGCAGAGCCAAGCAGAAAUUUAUCAUAACCGCUUUGAUGCUGUGCAAUCUGCACAUCGUGCUGCCAUGCGAGGCUUCAUCCGGUAUGGCUGGCGCUGGAGCUGGAGAACUGCUGUGUUUGUGACUAUAUUCAACACAGUGAACACGGGUCUAAAUGUGUACCGAAAUAAAAAUGCCCUAAGCCAUUUUGUCAUUGCAGGAGCUGUCACAGGAAGUCUUUUUAGGAUAAACUUAGGCCUGCAUGGCCUGGUGGCUGGUGGCAUAGUUGGAGCCUUGCUAGGCACUCCUGUAGGAAGCAUGUUGAUGGCACUUCAGAGGUACUAUGGUGAGACCGUUCAGGAGAGAAAACAGAAGGAUCGAAAAGCACUCGAGGAGCUGAAACUGGAAGAAUGGAAAGCCAGACUACAAUUUACUGAGCUGCUUCCUGAAGAAAUUGAAAGUAGCCUACAGAAAAAUCGAUCCACGGAUGAUGCUAAGAAAAUUGAAGCACUACUAAAUCUUCCUAGAAACCCCUCAUCAACAGAUAAGCAAGACAAGAACUGAAAAUGUUCUGGACUUGAAACUCAUUGGAGAAUUGAAGCGGGGCUAUGUUGCCAUGUCUAUUGAAUGCCCCAGUAGCCAGGCUGCUCCUUGGUUAGCCUGCUGACAGUUGUAAGCACUGGCACCUGUAGUGGCAGUGACUUGCUAGCAUCCUUUUUUUAAACCAAGAAUUGGGCCAUUGUACUCUCACUUUACUUAUUUUUAAAUUUAAAUACAUACUUAUAUCUAUAUUGA